AAAUUUUGUGCACCAGUUAAUAUUGUUGGAUUUGAGUAGCCGCGUAAAUUGUUGAGCUAUAAAUUCAAACUCAGCCCAGUAAUGAGUCCAUGACUAUUGAGUGUUACUGAUACACCUUUACGGCUGUAACAGAGAACAGAGUGAGGAAGAGAAAGAGGAAGAGGAGAGGGGGAAUUGGAGCGGCUGAAAACAAGAAAUCACAAAUGAAGGAAAAACCCAGUCCCAAAUAAACUAAGAAGGGAUGCUUUGAUCGCAUGGCAGUGAGAAAUAUGAAAAAGACUUUGAAGUGGAAGAAGUUUGAGUUACUCUUCCAUGUCUCAACUACACCUUCAAAACCCCAACCGCAAUCAUCGCAUUCUUGCCACCUUAUAUUGUCAUCAUCUUCCUUUUCAUCUGUGCCAAAUCUAACUAACACUUAUCUCAAAUCAAAACCCCAAAGUUCUCCCACACUUACCCCAGAAGAAAUCAGCAAAAUCAACCUCCUCCUCCCACGUCUCUGCCUCUUUAAUCACCUCCCAACUGCAAUCCAGCUAACCACCACCGCUCUCACUCUCCCUAACCCUCCCCCCCAUCCCAAGUCCCUUUCUCUUUCCAUUCUCAUUCACUCCCUCACUCUCCAGCCUGACCUGAAACUACCCAUGUCACUCCUCACCCGCCUCUCCCGCAAGCACCCACCUCACCCAUAUCUAACGCCCAUCUCAACCAUGCUCAUUGCCUCUUAUCUCAAAAAAGACAGGCCUAAGGAUGCUCUCAAAGUAUACAAUUGGAUGCUCAGGCCCGGCUCUCCUUGUAAUUGUAUGGUCGACAAGUCUGCCUAUGGGAUUUUGGUUGGUGGGUUGUGCGCCAGAGGCUUGGUUCUCGAGGGCUUGAUGGUUUUGAGGGAUAUGCUGAGGGUCCGUCUUUUGCCAGGGGAAGGUCUCAGAAGAAAGGUAGUUAGGAGUUUAUUGAGAGAGGCUAGGGUUAGGGAGGCAAAGGCAUUGGAUGAACUUUUGCCUUGUGCUGGGGAUCUCAACAAGGUGUUGGAUUUUUUGGAUCACCAUAUUGGAAAUUGGUCGAACUAGCUAGUACCAGCACGCCUAAUCCAAUUAAGAGGAGAGAAGAUGUUGGUUACUUGUUGAGCAUUCAUACUCAAUUUUUUUUUUUUUUAGUAAUUUUCUUACUUUUCAGAUUUGGAUAUGUGCAUUUUUCAAGUUUAGUUUUGACGAGAGCCCUUGUGUACAAAGUUUAGCAUCUGCAUUAGUCUUGUAAGACUUUGAACAUGAUUAAUUUGAUAUUAGUUUUAGUCUAUUUUAGAGAUA